UUAGGACUGUCAGUGUUGAAGUCUUCAGGAAGGGCUACUGCGCGUGAGCAAAUUUAGUGACUGACAGUAACCUAGGCGGGGUAAAAGACUAAAAAGUGACCGUCACAGGAAGUUAUGACUGUUUUGGAAAAACCUUAGAGAGACUUUGCCAGCAAAAGAAUUCAGAAUUAAGAUCGGAGAAGGGAGUGGAGAGCGGAGUUCACUCAGAGCGGAAGUGAGAGGGUUGGUACAUUGACAGGCGGAGGGAGACCGGCGAAUGAGGACUCCACAAAGACGCGAAUUUAGCGGCAAUGCCGUUACCAUUUUGCUGCCUGGCAUUUGUGGAUUUCUGGUCUGGUGAUUUGGUGAAUUUUCAAUCUGAGUAUCCUUGCCAUCUGAAGAUCUUCUCCUUUUUAGGCCUUUGCCUUCUCUCCACCACAGUCAGUCAUGACUGAGUUCUGGCAUGCAAUUACAGGGAUCAGUGUCAUUCGAGGAUGUGUCUGUGGACUUCACCCAGGAAGAGUGGAAUCAACUGGAUCCUGUUCAGAGAAGCCUAUACAGAGAUGUGAUGCUAGAGAAUUAUAGCCAUCUUGUCUCACUGGGGUAUCCUAUUACCAAACCAGAAGUGAUUGCCUCUUUGGAACAAGGAACCCUUGAUAUCAUAAAGAGAGAGAUCCCGAGUUCAAGUUGCAAAGAAGUUGGGCAAGCUGAAGACUACCUGGCGUGGCAUCAGGAAAACCAAAAUAUACACUUGGACCAGGCUAUAUCCAUUAUUGAGAAAAAUGUGACUGAAGAAAGAAGUUAUGAAUAUGAUGAAUUUGUUAGCCCACUUCCUCAGAACACAUGGGUAGUUUCUUCAGGACCCACACCCUAUAUGAAUAACUCAUUUGGGAAAAGUAUUAAUUAUAGUUUAAGUUUACUCAAUCCUAGUAGUCUGAGUUUUACAACUCAGGAAUGUUAUGAAUGCAAUAGAUGUAGGAAAUUAUUAAUUCCUGGCAAACAUGAGAUAAAUGAUGGAAUGAAAUCCCAUGACCAUAAUAUGUAUGGUAAAGAUCAAAUUUAUAACUUUGUUCAGCAUGACUUGACUCAACUUGGAGCCAGAAACUAUGAGUGUCCUGAAUGUAGAAUAAUCCCCAGGCCGAGUUCAUUCCUUAUUGUUCAUCAGAUCAGUCACUUAGAAGAAAAGCCUUAUGAAUGGGCAGGAUGCAGAGAAGCAUUCAACAACACAACACACCUCAGACUACAUCAAAAAAUGCACACAGGAGACAAGCUCUUUGAGUGUAGUGAAUGUGGCAAAUCCUUCAGAGAGGAAUCAACACUGCAUAUACAUCAAAGAACACAUACAGGUGAAAAACCAUAUGUAUGCACUGAGUGUGGCAGUGCAUUCCAAGAAAAGACAAAUCUCAUUAUACAUCGGAGAACUCACAAAGGAGAAAAACCCUAUAAAUGUACAGAUUGUGAGAAAACCUUCAACCAAAAGGCACAUCUAAAUGUACAUCAGAGGACACACACAGGAGAAAAACCUUUUGAAUGUGCUGAUUGUGGCAAAUACUUCAGAGAGAAAUCAACACUGAAUAUACAUCAAAGAACCCAUACAGGAGAGAAACCAUAUGUAUGCAAUGAAUGUGGCAAAGCCUUCAGAGAAAAGACAAAACUCAUUAUACAUCAGAGAACUCACACAGGAGAAAAACCCUAUGAAUGUUCAGAAUGUGGGAGAGCCUUCAACCAAAAAGCACACCUCAGUGUGCAUCAGAGAACACACACAGGAGAGAAACCGUUUGAAUGCAAUGAAUGUGGCAAAGCUUUCAGAGAAAAAUCAACACUGCGUAGACAUCAAAGAAUUCAUACAGGAGAAAAACCUUAUGUGUGUUCAGAAUGUGGAAGAGCCUUUACCCUUAAGCUGAGCCUUAGUGCUCAUCAGAGAAUUCAUACAGGGGAAAAAACAGAUGGAUGUACUGUAUGUGGAAAAGUCUUCUCCAGAAAAUCAUACCUCAUGUUACAUCAGAAAGCUCAUACAAGAGAAAAAUUGGAAAAAUCAUAUGAAUGUAACGAAUGUGAUAAAGCAUUCUUCCAGAAAUCCUAUCUCAUUAUUCAUCAGAGAGUUCACAAAGGGGAAAAACCCUAUGAGUGUAAUAUAUGUGGGAAAUCUUUCUCCCAAAAAUCAUACCUCAUUAUUCAUCAAAGAACCCAUACAGGAGAGAAACCCUAUCAAUGUGAUAAGUGUAGCAAAGCAUUCAGAGAGAAAUCCAGACUCACUGUGCAUCAGAAAACUCACACAGGAGAGAAACUCUAUGACAGCUCUGAAUUGGAAAGAAACUUUGCAGAGGUCAAAGUUCAUCAUGGAUUAGAGAAUUUACAGAUAAGAGAAAACAAAGAAGUGAAAAUGGAAAAUCUGUCAUAGGAAAAUCAAAAAUAAAUAAAAACAAAAGUGUAAAUGGUGAUAGGAAGUUGUGCUGUAGCUAGGGUGCUUUUCUGGGGAUAUGUCAGUUGAACUUAAAAUUCAGCACCAGCCAUUUUUGGGCAAAGGUUAUUUUCAGUAAAAGGAACAGGAAUAUCCUCUUUCUUAAAGUGAAAACCUUGGCCUUUGUACUUUUGCCUUGUAUAUCUAUUGAAUGAUCAUUUCCCAUCAAAGACGUUGCUCAGUGAGGAAAUCAUUAGAAAUCUUGAAUGUAUGAAAGCUGUCAGUUGGAAGACAAACCUCAUCAUAAAUGUGGACAUAAGUAUCAAUGGAAAUUCAAUUAAUUAAUUUCAAUAAUCAGUAUUUCCUCAGAAGUGAAGGGAAGUAUAUAUGUUUCCAAAUUUAAUAUCAAUUUUAAGUUAAAAAUUUAAAUAUUGUCAUUAAAGGAACAACAAUUAAAGAAAAUAUUAUAAAAUUCCAUAUUAUAAUAGUCAGAACAAUGUAAAGAAGAUACAACUAGAGUAUCACAUUCUAGUUUUAAGCAGUAAUAACAGUUAAUAAUGCCAAUAUUUCUACCCUAGCCUGAUCUGGGAAGACUAUAAGCUUCCAAGCAGGACUAUAAACUGCCUAGUAGGCUUUAGAAGACCUAUUUAAUAUACAAAUUCAUCAGUUUAUUUCUGCUUUUUUUGAUAAAUGCCUACCACAUUCAGAAAUCUAUCAAUGCCCAGAAUGAUGUCACCCUUUAAGUACCCCCAUGGAGUUGUGAAAGUUGGUUAUCUAUACUAAUUGGGGCAAAUAAAGGGGAAUUGCAGUUGACCUUAAGGAAGGGAUUUUGAAACUCUCCUUGCUUUGAAAUGACAACUAGCAGUUUUUAAUGAUCAUCCCUGUAUAUUUUUGAUGAACAUUGAAAGCAAGGCUUUGCAUAGCUGAAUAGCCACCCCCCACCCCCCCACCGUGGACUACAAAGCACAUGACCAACUACUUCAUGAGAAUAGCUACUUCCAAUGGGACUGCCCAGGGAAAUGAAAGCAAGUGGCAAGUUCUUAACAGCUUUCAAUAUACAGCCUGAAACCCAGGUUCUGUAAAAUGAAAUUAUUACUUUGUGCUUCCAUUGAAUUUCUUGCCUAAAUUCCAAAUUUGUCAUUUGAAACUUUGGAUUUUGAUUAUGAAAA